AUGGCAACAGGUUGCUCAACCCUGGCCCUCUCCAGUGUGGUAUCCACGCUUGGUGGCCUGGUCUUUGGCUACGAGCUGGGGAUUAUCUCCGGGGCUCUCCUCCAGCUCCAGGCCGAGUUCCGGCUCACUUGUGUCCAGCAGGAGGCUGUGGUCAGUGCCCUUCUGAUCGGGGCCUUGCUGGCCUCCCUGGUCGGUGGGUGGCUGAUCGACCGCUACGGCCGGAGGAACUCUAUCCUCCACAGCAACGUCCUCAUCCUGGCCGGGAGUUUGAUUCUGGUCAGCAACUCUUACUUGGCACUGGUGGUGGGCAGAAUCACAGUGGGCUUCGCCAUGUGCAUCUCCUCCAUGUCCUGCUGUAUCUUUGUAUCGGAGAUGGUCACCCCCAAGCACAGAGGUUUUUUGGUGACUCUGUACGAAGUUGGUAUCACCGUGGGCAUCCUGGGAGCUUACGCCGUAAACUAUAUCCUGUCGGAUGCCAGGCAGGGAUGGAAGUAUAUGUUUGGGUUAGCCAUCGUGCCUACUUUGGCUCAGUUUGUCUCCAUUUGGUUUCUCCCGUCCAAUGCCGGAACACCUGCAGUAGGCCAAAGGGCAGGUGCUCAAAGCCAAAGAGGUCUUAUUCACUCCAUUGAGAAUCACAAAGUCGAGAAUUCGGCACAUGUUUCCAACAUACUCGAUAACCCACAGUACAGCUUUCUGCACCUCUUUCAACAGAAGGACAACAUGAGGACUAGGACUACCAUUGCGCUAGGCUUGGUGAUCUUUCAACAGUUCACAGGUCAGCCCAAUGUGCUCUUCUACUCCUCAACCAUCUUUCAUUCAGUGGGCUUCAAGAGCAAUGCCUCGGCAGUGCUGGCGUCCUUGGGCUUGGGGGUAGUCAAGGUGAUCGCCACCUUGGUCUCCAUGGUGUUUGCCGAUAGGGUUGGCAGGAGGCCUCUGCUCAUUGGUGGAUGUACAGUAAUGUCUGUGUGUUUGAUCACCAUAGGACUUUUGAGCGGGCGUUCAGUGGUCAACACCAAGACACCCUGUAAUGCUGGGGAUUAUGUCAAUAACAGCACACCCCUAUUACAGCUAACGGUGGAAAAUCAAUCAAGCUUUGACAUUUCUGUCAGUCAACGCCUUGGACUUCUCGAUAGGACCGAAGUAAGGCAUAUCGCUUAUGAUGCUGAGAGAUCCUUAGGUACUUUGAUGCCAGUGGCUUCUCCAGCUGUCCACAAUGGAGUGGUUAACUGGAUCAUUUUACUCUGCAUGAUGGCAGUCGUCAGUGCAUACUCAAUUGGAUUUGGACCAAUGACCUGGCUCAUUUUGAGUGAAAUAUUUCCUGCUGCGGUCAGAGGGAGAGCGUUUGCCUUCACUAACUGCUUCAACUGGGCUGCCAACUUAAUUGUCACAUUCUCCUUCUUGAAUGUCAUCAAUGUGAUUGGUUUGUCUGGGACAUUCCUUUCUUAUGGGCUGAUUGGAGUGGGAGCGGUGGUGUUCUUUUACUUCAUGUUACCAGAAACCAAAGGGAAAUCACUGGAGCAAAUAGACAGGGAGCUCUGUUUGAAAAGGGUACACAACAGUGAAGAAUGCUGUAACAUCCUUAGCAGGAGAAUUGCCUCCCCCGGGUAUCAAAGAGUGCACAUUGUUAGCUCAGCAACCCAAUGUUGAAGUCAACCUAUACGGGGGUCAUCAUCUGGCAUCACCAUCAUCAGUUUAGGAGUCUGAGAUCGCUGAUCCACUGAGGGAGUCUUGCUCUAACCAAUGACAAUGUUGUCCUAUCCUUCAUUUUGUUCGAUGUAAUAUGUAUAACCCAAGUAUGUCUAGCCUACUAUGAUUAUGUGUGUGAAAGGUUUAACCAUUUAGAGAACCAUAACGUUUUCAAACAUUUGUGUCAUCCUCAAAGAUGUUAAAUGCAUUAUCCACGUGUGGUUGUAUUGUGUUUGAAAUCAAAUAAAUCUAUA